CACUUUUCUUUCAUUUCACAUCAACACAGACUCAAUCAAUAUGGGUAAAAAGAGACGUGGUCCGACGCUGGAUGAGCUUCUGGCUCGUCCAUGGUGCUACUAUUGUGAGCGCGACUUUGAUGAUUUGAAGAUUCUCAUAUCUCACCAGAAGGCCAAGCACUUCAAGUGCGAGCGCUGCGGGCGCCGGCUGAACACUGCAGGAGGGUUAUCGGUGCACAUGAGUCAGGUCCACAAGGAGCAACUUUCGGCAGUCGACAAUGCUCUUCCCAACCGAUCCAGCCUCGACGUCGAGAUCUUCGGCAUGGAGGGCGUCCCGGAAGACAUCAUCCAGUCGCACAACCAGCGCGUAGCCACCCAGUUCCAACAGGCAGAGGCCGAACGGCAGGCCGUGACGGGCAAUCCGCCUCCGGGAACCGGCGUUGGCGGACAGCCAGCGAAGAAGCCCAAGCUGGAGAGCGUGUCGGAUCUGAAGAAGCGACUGGCGGAGCACAAGGCUAAGAAGGCGGAAGCACGUACUGGAGGCAGUAGUGGUGAAGCUACUCCAGUGGGCGCAGGACAGACCCCGACUAUGGGCGGAUUCGGCCAGCCUGCUCCUGCUGCUGCUGCUGCUCCCGCCGCUGCACCCACCACCACCUCACAGUUCUCUUACCCUCAACCCUACGGCACUGCCUCUCCUUAUCCUCAAACCGCCAGCCCUGUUUAUCCCAACUUCUCCCCGGGACAGCCCCAGUUCCCUCCAACCGCACAAUACCCUCCGGCGGGAUAUUCACCACAGCCGUUCCAGGGUACGCCGGCGGCAUCGUUUGGAACGACUCCCCCAGCAUUCCCCGCACAAACUCCCGCAACCCACACCCCUCCGCAGACGGCCGGGGCAUUCCCGCCCCGGUCGGGCAGUCUGCCUAUGCCUCCAGGUUUGCCGCAGCGACCGGCUGUGGCAGCGCCACCGGUCAACGCGUAUCAGAUGCAGCAGAUGCACAUGGGCCAAGCGCCGGCCUUGAACGGAGGCGAGACGACACAAGCGCCUGAUACAAUCUCGACAUCGGUGGACGAUCUCAUCUCGGGGGCCGCGAAGCAGGCGGAGACCACAGCAGACAAGCCCAAGAGCGAGGAGAAGCCCAAGAAGGACAAGUCGAAGGCAGUACGACUGGUUUACUCGGAUAAUGAGACGAGUCCAGAAGAGAAGAUGGCACAGCUGGCAAGGUACGCAUUUGUUCCCGAACAGAAGGGCGAGACGGUUUUGGAGGAGGUACCGGCGUCGGUGGUGACGGGCACGACGCGCGAGAUGGAUACGGUGGAGGAUGCAGCGGAUCGGUAGGCACCAAGCCACCAGCCACCCGCCAGACAGGUAUAACAGCUUUACGAGCAUGCGAAUACAUGGAGGGGCAGCGACAGAGACAGAGACAGGGGAUCGGAUCAAGCAGCUAAGUUCAGUUUCUUGCACGAUUGGAAAUGUCUCUUACAGUGUAGGGCGGCGAGCGACACGAACCGUAGCAUGGAGAGGCAGACAGAUACACAGAAGGGGACAGACGGAGUCAGAAAAGAAAGAAAGAAAACUGUAAGUUCAACAUCGAGCAGGUAGGCUACAUACAGACUACUACUACACCAAUAAUGAAACAGCUUAGCUAUCUGUAUACCCUGUAAUGAACACAU